UACCCGCCAAAUCCCACACUCCAUUGACAACCAUUUAAACUUUAGGGUUUAAUCACCUUCGUCUCUUCGGAUUCAACCUUAUCAACUCCUUUCUCCUACAACCAAAGAAAAAUGGCUACUCACAAUCUUGCUGCUAUCCUAAAAAACCCAUUACACGACGCUGAAUACCUCCUCCUUAAGCAAACUCCACCGCCUAAAUUCGGUGAAGACCAGUACGAUUCUUAUGUGGACUCUGAUCUCUGGGAUCUUCCUUCCACGCUUCUCAACCUUCGAAACGAUCACUCCCACUCUGCGAUCGUUAUCCAUGGCGCCCAGUCCUCUCAGGACAUUGAUUUGACUAAAUUUGAUGUCCAGCUUGCUCUUAAUGAGGUGCUGGAAAAAUUGGGUUUACAGAUGAAUGAUGUUGGGGAGUGGAGUUUGUUUAAGUAUGUGGAGGAAGCUGAGUUCGGACCUGGGGGUCCAGUUAAUACUGUGUUCGUCAUGGGCAAAUUGUUGGAUGGAAAUCGAAAUUGUCAAGGGCUGUCUAAGUGGAUGACUACUGAAAGCUGUCUUAAUUGGCUUCUGGAGGUGAAACUAUCUAAUGAUCGUGUAGGGCCUUUGGUGGUUGUUGCUCUUAUAAAUGACUCAUUGCAGUCUGCUGCAUGGAAAUUACCACCCACCUUGCAUCAUCAGGAGUAUCCUCCUGGAGUCAUAAUUCUACCUAUGCAAAGUAGGACAACAAAGCCCUUUGAUACAACAAACUUGGUAAUAUUUGCUCCUGCAAGAGUUGCUGAUACUUUUGGUGAUUGUGGCUUUGUUGCUCAUGGAGAUGCAUUGAUUGUGGAUCCAGGAUGCCGACGUGAGCACCAUGAAGAGCUCAAGCAAAUUGUAGCUUCCUUGCCAAAAAAGUUGAUUGUCUUUGUUACCCAUCAUCACCGUGAUCAUGUUGACGGUCUUUCUGUUAUCCAAAAAUGCAAUCCUAAUGCUACAAUGAUUGCACAUGAAAACACUAUGUGUCGCAUUGGAAAAGGUGACUGGUCUCUUGGCUAUACCUCAGUUUCUGGAGGAGAAGACAUUUUGGUUGGUGGUCAGAGAUUGACCGUCAUUUUUGCUCCAGGACACACGGAUGGUCAUGUGGCAUUGCUUGAUGUUAGUACUAACUCAUUAAUUGUGGGUGAUCACUGUGUGGGCCAAGGAAGUGCUGCUCUGGACAUUAAUUCUGGUGGAAACAUGACUGAAUACUUCCGAACAACUUAUAAUUUUUUGGAGCUUUCACCGCAUACCUUGAUCCCCAUGCAUGGGAGAGUGAACAUGUGGCCAAAGAACAUGCUUUGUGGAUAUCUCAAGAACCGAAGGAGCAGAGAAGCAAGCAUUUUGAAAGCCAUAGAAAAUGGAGCAGAAACACUGUUUGACAUAGUUGCUAAUGUGUAUUCCGGGGUUGACCACAGUUUCUGGAUUGCUGCUGCAUCAAAUGUCAGGCUACAUGUGGAUCAUCUAGACCAACAAAAGAAGUUACCAGAGGGCUUCUCGAUGGAAAAAUUUGUUGACAGUUUCGAUGAAUUUGAGAGCCAAGUGGCUGCUCUUGACACAAACCCUGGAAAGUUAUAACUGUGGAUCACGACUCACCUGCAUUAUCUGUUGGAUGGCCUUAUACGUGCAGCUUCUCUGAUUUAUAUAGCUAAAGAGAUCCUAAAAUCUAGAACAUUUUACAUGCAAUUAUAUUGUCAUGUCAGCUCUGAACUAGUUUCAUUAUCGGAUAAUAGAAAUUCACGAGUAAUAUUUAAUCAUAUAUAUUUUUCUUAGACC